CUUGCGGCUGGAUUGAACUUGAGCACGCUGACAGUGUAGCAUCUCAGGGUGAUUUAGCCUGUAAACCUUGUGAAUAUAAUGGCGCCUACAGGUCAAGUGGUGUUUGGUGACGGCGAUCGAGUGUGUGCAGAAAACCGCCUGCGCUGGGAUCUUAAACCAGAUCAGAUUCAUCAGCUUACAGAUGAGCUCAUUGCAAAGACCAAGAAAGUGUACGACGCUGUCGGAGCUUUGGCCCUUGCAGAUGUCAGUUAUGAGAACACGCUGAAGGCCCUUGCUGAUGUAGAAGUGGAGUACACAGUCCAGAGGAACAUGUUGGAUUUCCCUCAGCACGUGUUCCCCUGUAAGGACGUGCGCGCAGCCAGCACCGAGUCCGACAAGAAGCUCUCCGAGUUCGAUGUAGAGAUGAGCAUGAGGGAAGACGUGUACCAGAGGAUUGUCGCUCUUCAGGAGAAACUACCGGAUGACGGCCUUACUCCUGAGGCUAAGAGAUACAUGGAGAGACUGAUCACACUGGGAAAGCGAAACGGGCUCCAUCUUCCUAAGGAGACACAAGAGGAGAUCAAGACGAUCAAGAAGAAGCUGAGCACUCUGUGUAUUGAUUUCAACAAGCAUUUGAAUGAGGACACCACAAAUCUCUGUUUCACCCGGGAGGAGCUGGGUGGCCUUCCUGAAGAUUUCCUCAACUCCUUAGAGAAGGAUGAGACAGGAAAGCUCAAACUCACCCUCAAAUACCCUCACUAUUUCCCCGCCAUGAAGAAAUGCUACGUCCCAGAGACACGCAGGAAAUUAGAGGAAGCUUUCAAUUCUCGGUGUAAAGAGGAGAACGCUGCUAUCCUGAAAGAGCUGGUGGAGUUACGCGCUCAGAAAAGCGCUCUGUUGGGCUUUAGCACUCAUGCCGACUUUGUGCUGGAAAUGAACAUGUCCAAAUCUUCCAAGAAAGUUGCUACGUUUCUUGAGGAGCUGGCCUGUAAGCUGAAGCCUCUGGGCGAGAACGAGCGAGCGGUCAUCAUGCAGCUGAAGGAGAAGGAGUGUGAGAAACGGAAGCUGCCCUUCAGCAAUGAGCUUCAUGCCUGGGACAUGCGCUACUACAUGACCCAGGUGGAGGAGACUCAGUAUGCCGUGGACCAGAACCAGCUGAAAGAGUAUUUCCCCAUGGAGGUGGUGACCCAUGGGCUUCUCGACAUCUAUCAGGAACUCCUGAACCUCUCCUUCCAGCAGGUCGAGGGUGCCCCCGUGUGGCACGAUGAUGUCACUCUGUACUGUGUGAAGGACCGCACCUCUGGGCAGGUGAUGGGCCAGUUCUACCUGGACCUUUUCCCCAGAGAGGGGAAGUAUGGACAUGCCGCCUGCUUUGGCUUGCAGCCUGGUUGUCUGCUGCCAGAUGGCACUAGACAGAUGGCUGUGGCAGCCAUGGUGGCCAACUUCAGCAAACCGACAGCUGAUGCUCCCUCCCUGAUGCAGCACGAUGAGGUGGAGACCUACUUCCACGAGUUUGGCCAUGUCAUGCACCAGCUUUGCGCACAGUCAGAGUUUGCCAUGUUCAGCGGAACUCAUGUGGAAAGGGACUUUGUGGAGGCUCCUUCUCAGAUGUUGGAGAACUGGGUGUGGGAGAAGGAGCCAUUACGGCGAAUGUCCAAGCACUACAAGACGGGCAGUCCAAUCCCAGAGGAAAUUCUGGAUAAACUCAUCAUGUCUCGGCUCGCCAAUGCUGGUCUGUUCAACCUGAGGCAGAUUGUGCUAGCUAAAGUGGAUCAAGCCCUUCAUACAAAAAUGGGAGUGGAUCCGGCAGAGGCGCAUGCCAAGCUGUGUCAGGAAAUCCUGGGAAUUCCAGCCACACCAGGUACAAACAUGCCAGCCACGUUUGGUCACUUAGCAGGCGGAUAUGAUGCUCAGUAUUACGGUUAUCUCUGGAGCGAGGUUUUCUCUAUGGACAUGUUCUAUGCCCGCUUCAAGCAGGAAGGCAUCAUGAACCCUAAGGUGGGUCUGGAUUAUAGGAACUCUAUCCUGAAGCCUGGAGGCUCUGUGGAUGCGACUGACAUGCUGAAGAAGUUCCUGGGAAGAGAGCCCAAGCAAGAUGCAUUCCUCUUGAGCAAAGGAUUGUCGGUGGAGCUGGAGCCAGGCACGCCUUGUGCUUGUUGACAAGUUCCUUUUACGGCACAGUGGUGUUACUGGUGCCUCUCUGGGAAAGGAUACUACACAUAAGUACUACAGACUGAUUUACUCAGAUUUGUCAGAAUCAACAUCCUGAAAUUUCAGCUCAGUUAUCAAAGGUUAUCUCAAACGCCGUUAUCGCUUUUUGGAUUAUUUGUUCCUUUUUUUUUUUUUUUUUUUUUUAAUUUUGCACCCUGAUGCAAAAGAAGAAAAAUGAGUGACCCAGAAAUAUCUACCUUCAGGGUACAUGUUCCUUAAAAAUAAAAUCUUCACCUUUUGAAAAUAUGUUUAAUGGAUUUUACUUGCUAUAAUAAAAAUAAAUAAACCCCA